GCUCACCUGGCGGAACCCGGAAGUGGUGAGACUUGUUUGUACACAGUAUCCCUGUGGUAGUAACCAUGCCUGGACACAGUUAUGGCCUCUUGGGCCUUCUAGUUGCCAUGGCAACUAUGGGAGGCUCCUCAACACAAGAGUCGAGCCCAUUGGCUGAUGUGAACAGUGAGUUUGCCCUGGAGUUGUACAGGGUGCUGCACAAGGGUCAUCCCGAGAACAUCUUCUUCUCACCCUUCAGUAUCUCCACCUGUCUGGCCAUGACUUACCUGGGGGCAAGGAAUGACACUGCACAACAGAUGAGUCGGGUGCUUCGCUUCCACAAGAUGGAGGCCUCCGACCUUCACAUGCUGUUCCACGACCUUCUGACCCAGCUGCACCACUCCGACAGGCCCUACACACUCCGGACCGCCAACCGCCUCUUCGGUCAAAACUCCUUCGAGUUCGUGCAAAAGUUUCUGGAUGAAACGUCCAGACACUACAGGGCGCAGCUGGCUCCCGUGGACUUCCAUGGAAACACGGAGGGCGCGCGUCAGACUAUCAACACCUGGGUGGAGGAACAGACAGAGAAGAAGAUCCAAGAUCUUUUAGCACCAGGAACUGUGACCCCGAGCACCAUGCUAGUACUGGUCAAUGCCAUCUACUUCAAGGGCAGCUGGGAGCGCAAGUUUGAGGAGUCGCGUACGAGGCUCGACACCUUCCACAUCAGUCGGGACGAGAAGGUCGAAGUACCCAUGAUGCGUCAGCAGGGCCAGUUCAAACUCGCCUACGAUGAGGACCUUAACUGCCAAAUCCUGGAGAUGCCGUAUCAAGGCAAGUAUCUCAGCAUGGUGUUUGUGUUACCAGACAAGAUGGACGCUUUGAGCACCAUCGAGGCUUUGUUAACGCCAGACUUACUCCGUCGCUGGCAGAAAUCUUCGAGCGAGGUUUCCACGAUGGUCCAAAUCCCCAGGUUCAAACUGGUCCAGGAUUUUGUCCUGAACGAGAAGCUGGCGGAUAUGGGGAUGACGGCCCUGUUCAGCCGCGCGGACGCGGACCUGUCCGGGAUCACGGGUUCCCGCGACCUCUACGUUAGCCACGUCAUACACAAGGCUUUUGUAGAGGUCAACGAGGAGGGAAGCGAGGCCGCGGCGGCGACGGCGGUGAGCAUGAUGAAACGGUCGCUGGAUGGGGAGACGUUCUUUGCCGACCAUCCCUUCCUGUUCUUCAUCAGGGACAAUGACUCAAACUCUAUCCUGUUUCUGGGUCGACUGGUGCGUCCAGAUGGACCCACUACAAAGGAUGAACUAUGAAUCAAAUGUGCAUUUGUGCAAUUCAAAUCUAACCUAUACUUCUGGGCACAAAAAUAUGUUAACAAGGCAUUCUUGGACAUGACAGAAAUGCCUAAGUAAUUCCUGGAAUACUUGGAACAGGCAUAAGUGAUAUUGUUAGGCUAACCCAUUUGUGCAUUUUAUGAGAACAUCUUUAUUGUAUAAAAGUCAGUCUAAGAAUUGCCUACAAAUGUGGGAUAGUGGGAGUAUCAUACUAUGAAUGCUCUAAUGAGACAAAUGGACACUGAACACUUUCCAGGCUAAUGGCACUGUCCUUGGUGCUGAAGGCCUUCCACACUAACAUCACUGUCCCUGGUGCUGAACACUUUCCAUGCUAAUGGCAGUGUCCCUUGUGUCAAACAAGAGCAGCAUCGUUUUCCAAUUUUUUUUCAAUUACUGCAUAAAUUUGCUCCAUUAUUUCUUCAAGUAGCUCUAUUUUGUAGCCAAAGUAGAAGCUCUGCUUUCUGAAGUCUAGAGAUCAAUGAUAGAUCAAUAUCAGUAUAAAAGAUAUGGAUACAGCAGAAAACUAUUUAUACGAGAAAAAUACAUCAAGAAAAA